AUGCUGUCCUCCAUCCUCACCACUGUCGCUCUUCUCGCCGCGGGCGCCUCUGCCCACGGUGCCGUCACCUCCUACGUCGUGGCCGGCAAGGACUACCCUGGGGAUUCUCCCCGCCAACUCCCCAACACGAUCCAGUGGCAGUGGUCCGACUACAACCCCAUCACCGCCGCCAGCGACCCCAAGAUGCGCUGCAACGGCGGCCGCUCGGCCACCGAGUCCGCCACCGCCGCCCCCGGCGACGAGAUCUCCGCCGUCUGGGGCCAGUGGACCCACAGCCAGGGCCCCAUCCUCGUGUGGAUGUACAAGUGCGCCGGCGACUUCGCUGGCUGCGACGGCUCCGGCGCCGAGUGGUUCAAGAUUGACGAGGCCGGCUUCACCGGCGACGGCACCAGCGUCUUCCUCGACAGCGAGACCCCCUCGGGCUGGGAGAUUGCCAAGCUCGUCGGCGGCAACAAGGCCCACACCAGCAAGAUCCCCGCCGGCCUCGCGCCCGGUAACUACCUCGUCCGCCACGAGCUCAUCGCCCUGCACCAGGCCAACGCUCCUCAGUUCUACCCCGAGUGCGCCCAGAUCAUCGUUACCGGCUCCGGUACCGCGACUCCCGAUGCUUCGUACAAGGCUGCCAUUCCCGGAUACUGCGCUCAGUCUGACCCCAACAUCACUGUUCCCAUCAAUGACCGCACCGUUGCUCAGACUUACAAGAUUCCCGGACCUCCCGUCUUCACUGGCACCGGUGCUGCCAAGAAGGCCAGGAGUUCAAGGCGUAAGCUGGCGGCAAUGAGGAGUGCGAGCAAGACGGCUACGGUUAUGGGAUAA